AGAUGAGCGUCCGACGAACAAUCGGAAUAGAAGAAUCAAUCCGACAUCAUGCUGAGAUAUCGAACGGUCGGGCUUUUCGCCCUGCUGGCCAUUGUCUGCGUUCAAGCGCAAGAUGAAGAAAUGAAAAGGGCGAAACGUAGUCCGCAUGGAAUUGGUCUAGAUCUGGGCAAAGCCCUUGGUGGCGGUGGUGGUUUAGGCGGAGGAUUCGGAGGUGGAUUCGGUGGAGGAUUCGGUGCUGGCGGCGGUGGCGGAGGAGGUGGAGGUGGAGGCGGCGGCGGUGGUUUUGGAGGCGGUGGUGGCUCCGGAUCCGGCGGUGGAUUAGGCAAAGGAGGCGGACUUGGUGGAGGAUUAGGAGCCGGUGGAGGAUUAGGAGGCGGUGGAGGACUAGGAGGCGGUGGAGGAUUAGGAAGCGGUGGAUCUGGUUGCAGCACCGGACUGUGUGGUCUCGGAGGAGGUGGUUCCGGAGCUGGAGGAGGACACGGAGGUGGUAGCGGCAAAGGUGCCGGAGGCGGAGGCGGAGGUGGCGCCGGAUCCGGUGCUGGAGGAGGAUACGGCAGCGGUGGCGGAAAAGGUGGUGGUUCUGGUGCCGGAGGCUAUGGUGGAUCCGGUGCUGGAGGAUACGGCAGCGGUGGUGGAAAAGGUGGUGGUUCUGGUGCCGGAGGAUACGGCGGAGUUGGUGCUGGUAGCGGUGGUUAUGGUGGUUCUGGCGCUGGCGCUGGAAGUGGUGGCUAUGGAGGAGCAGGAUCAGGAGCAGGAUCGGGAUCAGGAGCAGGAGCAGGAUCUGGUGGUGUGGUAAAGACUGGAAGUUAUGGAUACGGUGGCGCAGGCGCUGGAGGUGGUGCAGGCGCUGGAGGCGGUGCUGGAGGCUAUGGUAGUUCUGGUGCCGGAGGCGGUGGUCAUGGAGGUGCUGGUAGCGGGGGCUAUGGUGGUGCUGGCGCCGGUAGCGGUGGCUAUGGUGGUGCUGGAGGCGGAGGCGGCGGACAUGGAGGUGGUGGUGCCGGAGGUGGUGGACAUGGAGGAGCUGGUGCCGGAGGCUAUGGUGGUGCUGGCGCUGGUAGCGGUGGGUAUGGUAGUGCUGGCGCUGGUAGCGGAGGCUAUGGUGGUGCUGGCGCUGGUAGCGGUGGCUAUGGUGGUGCUGGCGCUGGUAGCGGUGGCUAUGGUGGUGCUGCAGGCGGAGGCGGUGGACGUGGAAGUGGCGGCGCCGGAGGUGGUGGACAUGGAGGUGCUGGUGCCGGAGGCUAUGGUGGUGCCGGAGCAGGAGGCGGUGCCGGAGCCGGAGGCGGUGCCGGAGCCGGAGGCGGUGCUGGGGGCUAUGGCGGUGGUCAUGGAGGCGCCGGUAGCGGUGGCUACGGUGGUGCUGGCUCUGGUAGCGGAGGCUAUGGCAGUGGUGGUGCCGGAAGCGGCGGAUAUGGCGGUGGUGGUGCCGGAAGCGGCGGAUAUGGCGGUGGUGGUGCCGGAAGCGGCGGAUAUGGCGGAGCUGGCGCAGGAGGCGGCGGAUAUGGCGGUUCUGGUGCUGGUGGCCUCGGCGGUAGCUCAGGCUGUGUCGGAGGGUGCAAAGGCGGUUACGGAAGUUCGAGUGCCAGUGCCAACGCGAACGCGAAUGCGAACGCCUUUGCAAGCGCAAGCGCAAGUGCUCAUGCAAAUGCACUUGCAGGUGCGAGUGCCUCGGCAAAUGCAAAUGCGAAUGCAAACGCCGGUGGUCUUGGAGGCCACGGGGGCUUCGGAGGAUACGACGAUUUAAGCGGUCAUGGAGUCCCUUUGCUGAACCGGAUGGGCGAUAUCAACGAGGGCGCCAACGAGGGCGGUUCCGUGGACAAGGCGAAGGGUGUCUACAGUAGCAGCUCAGCGAACCUCGAUUCAUCUGGAAAAGGGACGUACAAAGUGUCAGCGGGCAAAGUGCCGUAAAUCAUUCUGAAGAAAACCAAAUCGAUUCACGAUCGAUGACUUCCCUCGAAGUCGAGCAAGAUUGCAUCCGUGAUCAAUUGUAAUCUUUACUGUGAUUCGUACAUUUUUUAAGUCUCGAAAUAAUAUCUACGAAUUAGUUUUCGUAUCGUGAUUCACCUAAACGCGUGCAAUCAUUAUGCUUAACGUUCGCAUACGAAUCUUGGACGAUGCUAACACCCGCUUUAAAAGCGCAGCUGCGCGUUCUUUGUAAAUUGUACAACUCGAAUAAACGAUUAAUCCUUA